CAUCUUUGCAUAAUUCAUAUAACCAAUUCUUUUCAUCACCCAAAAAUCUCAAAAACGAACAAUAUGUCUUCCAACAAGAUUGUUUUGACUAGCUCCGAUGGCGAAUCUUUCGAGGUUGAAGAAGUGGUAGCAAGAAAACUGCAAAUCGUAGGACACAUGAUCGAAGACGACUGUGUUAUUAACGAGAUCCCUCUUCAAAACGUUACCGGAGAUAUCCUCUCCAUGGUUAUCGAGUAUUGCAAAACACACGUCGAUGAAGAAGAAAGCGAGGAAGCUCAGACGAAGCUCAAGACUUGGGACAAAGAGUUCAUGAAGAAAUUUGAUUUGAAAACACACUUAAAAAUCAUUCUCGCUGCUAACUAUCUCAACGUUAAAGGCCUUCUUGAUCUCGUUUCUCAGACAAUUGCAGAUAACAUCAAAGAUUACACGCCAGAAAAAAUUCGUGAAGUCUUCGGAGUCGAGAACGAUUACACUGAGGAGGAAGAAGCAGAGGUUCGCAAGGAAAACGCAUGGGCUUUUGAUGAGGCUGAUACACCAAAACCCUAGUUUUUGGUUUCGUUUCUAAUUGUCGGUUUUAGGGUUUUGAUGACUUUCGUCUCUUUUUUUUUUAUGGUUUUCCAUACUUAGAUUUCGUUGUUAAUUCUUUACCUUGCUCUCUCUAUUAUGGUGAUCAAUAAAUAUAUGCUUUAGCA